AUGGAAGAGUCACUAAGAAAGUUUGCCGCGGAAAAUUUCAGUCAUAGAUACUUCCCUGCACUUCACGGUGAAAUCGAUAAGGUACAACCCCUGACAAUGGUGGUACAAAAGAAUCGGCCUCUAUGGAAGCGACCUUUCGUAAAAUUGGAAGUCAUAGUCCUUGCAGAACUGGCGAAAUAUGUUAAAAGUGAAGAAGAUACUGAAGUGUUUCGUGAUUACGCGAAAUGUAAGAUCAAAGAGGAAAUGCUUAUCUCAUCGCCGCACGAAACAAUUGCCAUGGGAUCCAGGUAUGAUCACUCUUUGACCCAAUUUUUUCGUGCAUGGCACAUCAACGUGUUGCAUCUUAACAAAGUAUGUUUAAUACAAAAAAAUAAGAAAAAGUACUAGCAAGAACAUCACGAAAGUCAGCCGCAAUUUUUUAUAAUUAGUCCUGGCUUUCUCACUGCCUUCAAAACUGUUUUUACCGGACGACGAGUUGAAGCAAGUGAGGUAAAGCUCCCGGUGCCGUGUUGUUUUUUAGCAUUCACGGGAGGUUUCUCAAAGGUGCAUUCUUCGAACGCCUUCAGUCAUUCUUCUAAUAAUGAUGAUAAUACUUGGUCUUUAUUCAGAUGAAAAUACUCAUCAAAAGUUAAAAAAAAUAAAAUCAACUCGAACAUUUAAAAAUAAGCACUUACGAGAUGAAAGUUGACAUUACUGUUUAUUCAUAUCCGAAAAAGCAAUCUAUGAAGGAAGCUGUUCAUAGACGUUCUGAACAUAAUUUCGGAAAUUUUCCUCGCAUUUCAAAUGAUAUAAAUGGGGAUUCCAGUCGAAGUCAUCCACAUCGGCAUCACCCCUGUCAUUGAUGUCAUCAUAAUGAUCAUUGCUAUUGUUAUCGUCCUCAUCACUCUCAAUGCUACUUUCAUUGUUUACAUUCGUCUUCGCAAUUGAAAAUGUCAUAACAUUUUCAUCGUCCACAUAAUUGUCAGUAUCACUGUCGCUGUCUUUAUCAUUUUGAUCAUCAUUAUCAUUGUCGUUUUCGGUGUAAUCGUUACUUUCACCGUCUUUUUCAUUGCUAUCGUCGACAUUUUCGUUGUCACCGUCGGUUUUGAUUGUCAUCGUCAUCAUCAUUGUCAUUAUCAAUGCCGCGUUAUUGUUAUUGCCAUUGUCUUAGUAAAUGUAGUUAUCUUCGUCAUCAUCAUUCUCGUUGUCAUGCACUUUCAUUGUUAUUGUUACCAUCCUCAAAAAUUUACCAUCUCUCUUAUUUCUAUCUACAAACAUUACUCUAUCGACAUUGCUGAUCCUAGCAGUAUGCAGGACGCGUGUCAUAUGAACUUUGUAACAGACCUCGCUCACCGCUCUGUGGCUCAGUGGUAAAGCAUCGGAGUGCGAAAUCCGAAGGUCUGAAGUUAGAUUCCGAGCGGGGACUCAGAAUUUUUUCUUUGUCCCACGCUUGUGACAAGACGAAAAAAAAAAAUUUUUUUAUCCUCAUUGUCAUUGACAAUGCUAUUGUCUCGAUCAAUGUUAUUUUCUUUAUCAUCAGUCAUUGCCUUUGUCGCUCUGUUAUUGACAUCGUCGUUUUCAUGUCUUUGACAUUGCAUUGUGCUCGUCAAUGUCAUUGUCAUCCUCUUUGUCUCUGUCACUGUUCUUGCCGUUUUCGUUCCAUUGCAAUAGUCGUGUGGAAGUCACUCUCUCUGUGUCUGUCAGUAAAGGAGCUGUUGUAUCAUUUUCUGAACGAGAGAAACACACUUCCUCUUUAUUUCCCGCUGACAUAGCUAGCCAUGUAGCUUAAUUUGUUAUCAUUAUUUCAUAUCAUUUUGAGUUAUGUAGAAAUUUGUAUAUAUUUUUUUAAUCUAGAGAACAAAGCCUUGGUGUGGGUGUUGGAGGAAUUUUGGAGGGAACCAUCAGAUUAAGUAAUGAUCAAGGAGUUCUGAAACUGGGAAAACUUAGCCAGAAAUAUGUCGAUGAUCCAGAUCUCCGUGGCCUUUUAGAAAAGGCCGAACUGAGUCCUAAAUUGAUGAAGAAUUUCGCCGAAGGAGAUAAACUGCUUCUUAUCACUUCUGUGGUUUACAGUGAGAAGUUUGAAUUAACAGGGCAGAGAAAAGAAGAGGUAAUGGCCACUUUUCUUUAACUCGAUAAACAAAACAAACAAAGGAGUUCAACUGUAAUUAAGGUUUAACCUCUUCGCCCUUACCAUUUCCAUCGCUUUCCUCUAAGGUUCAAGUUUGUUUGAAUGGGCUCCCAAGACAAGAAAUCUUCUCAAACUGGUUUUAGCGGGGAUGGUAAACAUUAACGAACUUAGGCUUUUUCAAACCCCUUCUUUACUUCGAGUGAACCAUAGAAUUAGAAACGAAACGUUCAUUAAAUAAAUAGGCCGACUUCAUUUAGAACUAGCUGGACUUUCAUGCGAAUGUAACAGUAUUUGAAACUCAUGAAUUGACCUACCUAGAGGAUUUUCCCCUCUUCUACGAUACAGUGAUUGGUACUAGUAUUCUUUAAGGUACUUUUAGAUAUUACGCACCCGAGCCCAACAACCCUACAUCAAAACUAAAUGUUACAGAGAUUACAUUUUCGUAUGUGAUCACCACUCAGCAAUAACUAGAAAAGAGAUGACAAAUGUUACGUUGUUGCAAUAUUGAAGACCAAUUUGGAUCACACCUAUAUGCAGAAAAACUAAGAUUCAUAGGGCAGGGUUCUGUAUUUACGCGUGGAAAAAGCUUCCGAUCCCCAGUUCUGGAAAUAUUUAGUUGAUUUACCCUGCCUCGCUACUGUUUGACCGAAUUUCUGAGAAAGAAACAUAGAAAUUUGCCUACUUAUCAUAAAACUAUCUUAUUUAUUUACCUUGUAUCAGACCGAGGCUGAAGUCCAUGUGGAUGGGGUACAUGUGGCAAAUCCGUUUGUCAAUUUUUUCAAGACCACGGCAACCAAAAUGCAUGCCACCUACAGCAGCGCAACUCAGUGUUCAGAGCUGGCAUCUAGGCCCGCACAUGCACCACUCCUCUUCAAGUGUUGCACUGUUGAUUACAUAAAAGAAGAAAAUCGACUGGAAAUCAGGAGAGGGGAAUACGUUGGUAAAGUAGUUACCAGGGACACAACAGCCGAGGGUCUUGUGAAGCGUGAUGACGAAGAUUAUGACAACACUCUGGUGGAAAUUUCCUCAGACGAGACCGAUGCACCAGGUGAGAUCUUCAGGUUCCUUUCUCAUGCCACAUAA